AUGAGUCCCGAGCCAACAUCUACUUUGGAUCAAGGCACCGAGGACCCAUCUACCAAUAUCCCGCCGCGGAUUAUAGGUUCCAGUCCCACCCCCGAGUUCAUCGACACCGUCAGGGAGAAGAUCCAGGACAUCGUCGCAACUGAGAUCGACCUCGGACUACCUACCGAAGCUUCCUUGUAUUAUGACGCGUCUACAAUGGCUCCUCUAAGUGCACUCUCAGCGGCUGCCAUAGCUCGUUUGAGAGCGUACCGGCCACCGCCAUUUCCCUUCUGGGACCAGCUGCCUGCCCGGAAACGGGCUGCCGUCCUCAUCCUGCUCUACGCAGACAGAUGGGGAGACCUGAGGGUGGUCAUCACCAUGCGGGCUGCCAGUCUGCGGAGCUUCUCUGGCCACGCCGCACUCCCUGGUGGAAAGGCAGACAGUGUUGAUGAGUCACCAUACCAGAUUGCCCGCCGCGAAGCCUCCGAGGAGAUCGGCCUCCCCGAGGACGACUUCGCCCUCCCCAAGCCCUUCAGGAUAGAGCAGCUCUGCUGCCUCCCGCCCUCCCUCGCGCGGACCCACCUCGUCGUCACGCCCUGCGUCGCCUUCCUCCACGCCGACGGCGGCGUGGACCCCGCGCCCUUGGUGGACGAGUCCAUGAUCCCGCGCCUCGACGCCCGCGAGGUCGCCGCCCUCUUCAGCGCGCCCUUCUACAACUUCCUCAAGCUCGAGGACCUUCCGCCCCCCACCACGCCCGGGGCAGGAGGAGAGACCAACCCCCCCCUCCCGGAGGGACACUGGUACGACGGGUCGUGGAUCUCGUGGAAGGACGUGCCGUGGCGGGUCCACAACUUCUACGUGCCCGUCAACAACCAGCGGGUGUCGCGGCCGCGGCGGGGCAGCGCGCAGAGCAACCUCGCCGAGAGGCUCGAGGAGGAGCAGGAGAGGGAGGGGCGGUUCAAGGUGUGGGGGAUGACGGCGCGGGUGCUGGUGGACGCCGCGAGGAUAGCGUACGGCGAGGAGCCCGAGAUGGAGCACAACGAGGGGUUCGGGGACGCCGACAUCAUCAUGAUUGCCGAGGCCGAGGGGCAGUUCAAGGAGGUCUCGGAGCAGAGGCCGGAGCCCGGGAAGGAGCCGGCUAAGAUGUAG